UCGGAUUACCGCAGCAUCUUUCUGCUACAAAUGUGAAGUUUUGUUUUUCCUGCUGAACAACAUGGAAACGAAGUACAUGAAUUUUUACAAGGAUUGUUAGUUUUGCUAUGUUAUAGAAGUAAUGCGACAUUUUUGCUGCAGGUAAAACAGUUGUAUACCGGUGAAUGAGACUUCGGCAUCACCAUGAGCUCGAUGUGCACGAGUUACAAUAGCGGUGAAAGGGGUUUUGUAAAGGGCUUCUCCUGUCCCACAGCGGACAGUAACAGUCGAGCUGUUUUCUGCUGUGGAUUUAAUGAUAUGAAAUACUGCUGUGAUGAUCCCAACAGCUUUUUCCCUUAUGAAUAUAGAUAUAUGUGGUGGCUCAGUUUUGGAGCUCUGGUUGGUCUCUCCAUAGCUGCUGUGGUCCUGUUGGUCUUCAUCAUCACUGUGUGUGUCUUCUGCUACCUCUUUAUCGUGACCAAACCCAGUCGCAGAGACAACGGCCUCCACCUUAGUGUGCCAGGAUCUGACCCUACAUCUGAGCCCAGCCUUUCUACUAGACCUCAGGGUCUCAAACAUUUCCUCAACCGCAGACUGGAGUGUGAAAACCGCCCCGCUGACCCUGAGCGGCUCUUUCAGCGCUGCUUCACUGCAGCUGUCACCAGAGUCAAUGUGGAAGGACCCACAUAAAGAGUUUUUCACAUUCUGUGCAUAGCUAUUGCUUAGGAAAUACUGCAGAAGCUUAUGCUUCUGACUGAGUUUUUAGUGUUCAAAUGAUUUUCUGAUGUUUGUGUGCUUUUAUUCGUUAAAGUCACUAUAUAUUUUCAUCAAGCCGUGUAAUGUCAAGAUCAAAAGUUUUCUUCAUCAGGAUAUAAAUGCUUUUAAUUUGCUAUUUAGUAGCACCUUUAGGUAUGAUUACUGUUAUUAUGUUACUGUGCAACCCAGUGUAAAAAAUGGUUAUGGAUCCUUAUUGGCAGUACUGUAGUGUGGAAUUCUAUGCAACAGUAUUUCUGAAUUAGCAAAGCUGCAGAAAUGCCAGACAAUCAGCAUAAAUGUUAAUAUAAUGUAUAAAUAUUUUUUGACUUCACCUGUUGGACUCAUCAUGGAUAAAGUAUGCAUUGGAUGAUAUAAUAUCAUAAAAACAGGAAAAUGGAAUUAAAUUAUUUGAUCUUAUUUUUUUAUUUUUAAGUCAUGAACUCAGUUAAACAGACAAAUUCAUUAGCAUACUUUGUACUUAAACAUGCAUAUAAAUGCACUGAAUGCUUACAUUUAGCCUUGUUUCUCAAUACAUUUAUGCUGAUCUUUUAAGGUGUGAUAUUACUGAAACAACACAUUUUUAAAAAUCGUGUCCUGACAUAAUAUCUUUUAUAAUAGUUAGAUUUGAUUUACUGUUACUCAAAGUGAGGUAUCUUAAAAGAAUAUAAAGUGAUAUAAUGUUUUGAUUCAAAAGUUAAAUAUAAAGGUCAAAUUGUGUGUAGUAUUUUAAAAGGGGUCAUCGGAUGCCCAUUUUCCACAAGUUGAUAUGAUUCUUUAGGGUCUUAAUGAAAAGUCUGUAAUAUACUUUGGUUAAAAAUUCUCAAUGGUUGUGUAAAACAACACCAUUUUUACCUGCAAAAAUCAUCCUGUUGUAGUGGAUGUUGCUUUAAAUGUUAAUGAGUUCUGCUCGCCCGCCCCUCUCUUCUCUCUAUGGAGUGAUGAGCCUGUUUACUUUUAGCCGCUAAACUUGCUAACUAGUAUGUUAUAGGGAAAGGUGAUCAUGAAUGAUUUGCACAAACAUAGACGCAUUUAUGUAGAUCAGGAGGCGCAUUCCCUUUACAAACAAAUGUUAAAAAAAAAAAUGACGCCACACCGACAGGCAUCUGAGAAUGGCUCGAUUUAAAAAGGGGAUUUUUACAGAUUAAUUAAAAACCACUGCAUUGAUUUUUAUCAUUAUAAGGUAGAUUUGUACAUACACUGCCAACACACAUUCAUGUUCAAACAACAUGAAAAAGUGAACUUGCAUCCGAUGACCCCUUUAAGAUUGAUUUGUUCAUUUUUAUCCAAUACAGAGACAAGAUGGUUCCAAAAUAACAAGUAAAAUAUCCCAAAGAAGAGCCAAUAAAUGGAGAUAUAUUCACCCAAAAAAGAAAAUUUGAAAGUGUUAUAAUUGCUAAAUUUCUCUAAAUUUGUUCCUCAUCUACAUUAUGGAUGAAAAGAAGGUGACAAGAUGAUAAGAUCUGACUUUCAGCAAAUUUUCUUUUUUGGUUGAACUAUUCCUUUAAUUGGUGAAGUAACUAUAAGAACAGAUCAACAGAUCUAUGUGAUAUUCAUAACACACUAUUCAUGCAACAUCAUUCAGU